CAACAAUUCUCGGGUCAAAACAAAACAAACCAAGCAAGACAAACACAUCGCCUACCAUCAGUCAUUAUCCCCCAAGCAAUUACAAUUCUAAUUGCCAUUUUUUUAGAGUAGCUUAGCGCAUUCACAUAAACACGCACUCAAAACACGACAUGUCAGGCAAGGUUCACGGCGGCAAAGGUGGUAAGGGCAAGAGUGGCCCAAAGGACAGCAACGGUUUCAAGUCGCAAUCGCACAGUGCCCGUGCCGGGUUGCAGUUCCCUGUCGGGAGAAUCAAGCGUUUCUUGAGAAAGAACUCGCAGCACAAGAUUAGAGUGGCGGGUAAGGCUGCCAUCUAUCUUACUGCGGUGCUCGAAUACUUGACCGCCGAAGUCUUGGAGUUGGCUGGUAACGCCGCCAAGGACUUGAAGGUCAAGAGAAUCACCCCAAGACACUUGCAGUUGGCAAUCAGAGGUGACGAGGAAUUGGACACCUUGAUCAAGGCCACCAUCGCCUAUGGUGGUGUCUUGCCGCACAUCAACAAGGCUUUGUUGUUGAAGGUGGAAAAGCUCAAGACGAAGAAGUAGGCAAUGUGCUGACCCUUUCAGCGGAUUUCAGUUCCUGUAUUGUAUAUGUAUAUUAUUGCCAGGCACCUCUCCUAUACCGUGCUGCUUGAGACGCUUGCUGUAUGUCUUGAUUUUAUGUUUUUGUUUUCUUUCCACCUCAGGGGUGGCGUAUAA